CUCGCGCGCGCGCGCACUAUGACAGAGGAGGAGGCAGCUCGCCCUGCUCCGCGGCGCUCGCCCCGCGCCCGCUCCGACGACCCCCCGCCGGCCGCCUCGGUGCGGUUCUCCACGCCGGCGGCGGACAGCGGCUUCCACUCGGAGAGCUUCUUCGAAGGCUGCUCUCUCUCGCCCUUCAAGCCCAGCCGCCGGAGCCGCCGGCAGGAGCAGGAGGAGCUCCGGCAGCUCAAUGACCGCCUGGUGAAGUACAUCCGGCGCGUCUGGGAGCAGGAGUCCCUCAUCGAGGCGCUGCAGCGGCGGCUGGCCGAGGCCCAGGCAGGCGGCGGCGGCGGCGAGGCGGAGGUCCUGCGGCGCGGCUACGAGAGCGAGCUGAAAGAUGUGCGCCACGCGCUCGACGCCCAAACUGGCCAGCGAGCCGCCCUGCAGGUGGAGCUCGGCGUCCUCCGCCAAGAGCACCGGCAGCUGGUGGACAGGAACUCUAGACAAGAGAAUGAAUUAAGCCAGGCGGUGGCUCAAAUGAGGGAUCUGGAAGCACAGCUCAGCUCCCAAAAAGCUGAGCUGGCAACAUCUCUGAGCAGGCAUCACAGCUUGAUGGAGGACCUUCAAGAGCUGAAGGAGCAAACUGUCCUGCUUAAGAAGGCAGAGCGUGAUGCCAAAGGCGAUCUUCAGAGCGAGAAGCUGAAGACAGCAGAUCUGGAAAUCCAAAACAAAACUUUGCAGAAGGAAGUGGCAUUUCUUAAGAACCGCCUUGAAGCUGAGCAUAAUAUCCAUGAGCGACUCCAUGAGAUGAAGCAACAAGUCCCAUCUGGCCAUCAGCAGGAGUUUAAGAGUGAAACCCUGCAUUUGCUCCAAGAGCUCAGAAAGGAGCAUGAACAGAAGCUUUUGGAGUACAAAGAUGAGAUGGAACAAAUCUACCAUGCCAAACUGAUGUGCCUAACCUCUGUGCAGUCCAAGAAUGCUGCAUUAGAAGCCAGGGUAAGGGAGCUGGAGACGGGAGAGGGAGAGCUGAAGAGGACGCUUGACCUGUUGAGGAGGCAGCUUGCUGAAAGGGACCGAGAGACGGCAGAGAUGCGGCAGCGGAUGCAAGUCCAGGUGGAGGUGAAUGGAUGUCUACGAGAUGAGAAGCAGCAGAUGCAAGCCCGGCUAGAAGAGUAUGAGCACCUAUUUGAUGUCAAGCUGGGUCUGGACUGGGAGAUCAGUGCCUACCGGAGAAUGCUGGAGGAAGAGGAACGCCGGCUAAACUUGGCCGGACACUUUUCAGGAACUUCUGGAAAAUGGGGGAAAGUGGAUCCGAGUCCCCUCUUCCCCCCAGGAAGGAAAAGGAAACGGACAGUAGUGAAGACACGAGCUCACAGUGUUGUGGCCCAGCGUGCGUCCGCUUCAGGAUGUGUCUCUAUAGAAGAAAUUGAUACAGAAGGGAGAUUUGUCAAAAUUAAAAACAACUCCAAUAAGAAUCAGUUGCUUGGUAGAUGGACACUAAGAAGGCAGCAUGGACCUGACCUGGACAUCAUAUACCGGUUUCCUCCUCGAUUUACUCUUCAGGCUGGUCAAGUAACAACAAUCUGGGGAGCAAGAGAAGAUUCAAACCCAGGUCCCAGUGAUCUUGUUUGGAUAGCCCAGAAGUCAUGGGUAGCCGGAGAGAACGUUGUGAUUGCUCUCCAUGAUGCUGACGGUAAAGAAACUGCAGUAGGAAGGAUCACCAAUUUGGACAGAGGAGAAGGAAGAAGCGAAGUGGAGGAUCCUCUUGAGGAGGAGGAAGAAAUUGAGUAUCAUCCCUGGCGAAGGGAGAGUCGCAGCUGUCCUAUCAUGUAGCCCAGAGAAGGUGGUGGCCCUCGGCAGAUGCCUUUGUUUCUUCAAUCAGAAUGGUGCUCUUCAGUCUGCUGAGUCUUCUGGACUGUCUAAGCUUGAGAGACGGAAGCCAUAUUGGACCACCUUCUUGGAACACCUCCCCUCUCCCCCAGAUGCUCUGGACUGCGUGUGGUUUGCCUUGAACAAAGCCCUACAAGCUGGAAUCUCUUCACAGUCCUUGAUGAAAAGGAACCAUCGGGUGCCCUCAAAGGGCAUAUCAUGAAGAGAUCUCUCUGCAAGCAUAUGUAGAGUUAGGAUAAGGGUUUCCAACUUUGCGUUCACAGAUGAUGAUGGACUACACCUCCCAUCAUCCAUUUCACCAUAGAGGGAGGAUGGGAGUUGUAGGCCAUCAUCUGGGAACCCCCUGAGUUGGGAUAUGGAAGGAUGGCAAGUCCUUCUCUCUCAAAGUCACUUCUUUUAGCCUGCCUCUAAAAUGAAUGAGCCACAUUCUUUCUCGGCCUAUUUCAGUGGUGCUGGGAAGUGCUGCAGAUCUGAGAGGCAUCAUGAAAAGGCUUCCGGAGGCCUGGUUCUAAUAGUACCGAACACAGCCUUUGUGUUCUCCUGCUGUAUAACUGAGGAAGCCAUGUCUUUCCACCACCACCCUUUGCAAAAUGGCUUCAUUUCAUUUUCUGGCAGGUUAUGGAGGACUGCAAUUGAGUCACCCUUGGUACUGUUCGGGAAACGUCCCAACGUGUGUGCCUAAUGGAAGGCAGAGCUGUUUGGCUCUAACACCUAGCCGCUACCUCUCUCUUUGAGGCAUGGCUGCAAUAUAAUCUGACUUGUGGAAGUUGCUUGCAGGAGAUCUUGGACCAGCACUGGUCAUCCAGGACCGACCUCUCUCUCCCUCACCUCAUUCCAGCAGAAAGCCUUUUGGGAGGAUGCAGAACUGGUAACAAGAAGCAGCGUAUGCACUUUUAUAGGUAGCUCACGGGACCCUCUCUGUGCUGUAAGCUACACUUUGAAACUCAGGGUUUAGUUAGGCUGUAUCAUUUGAAAGUGAAAGGGGAAUGCAUCGGUUGCUGCAUGUCUCAGUGCUAGGAAGGUUUCUUUUUAACAGAACUUUCAGCGAGAGUUGCUCUUGCCACCAUUUUAAAAUAGGUAAUAAACAGGCUUGGCCUCUGAUAUUUUAGCAGUCCAAAUAUUUCAUGGUUGCACUUCACUAUCUAAUCUUUUUGACUGUGACAACAAGCUGUUUUCCAGUCAGUCUGUUUCUCCUCAAAAAAAAAAAAAUUAGCUACUCACUUUGUAUUAAAAUUAUCUCCAUGUAGGUAACGAUUCUUUAUGGUGUUAAAACAAAAUCCUUUGUUUUGCAGUCCUGACUGUUGAUCGCAAAAAACCAAGAGUGGCUCAUCUUUCCUUGCAAACAAGAAAAUAAUAUCUAAGGAAUCAGUUUUAUUUUACUGUGCUGUAUUUAAACCAGGAAUUGACAAAUCCCAGGUGCGAGGGAGCCAUGGUGCCUAGAAAUCUAACUCUGGUGUCUAGACUAGGUUAUUCAGAGGUAGUUAUUUAAAAAAAAAAAAGUCCCAAGCAACCCUUCCUGUUCCAAGUAUGUUAUUUGUAAAGGGGAUAAAGAGAAGCCCAUGUACACCCCACCCCACAAUGACUGUCACUAAGUGUGGUAAUUUUGCCAAGUGUCCAUUGUCUGACUGCUAAACUUUUGCACUGUCUCUUAAGAACAGCUCUGCUGGAUCAGGCCCAAGGCCUAUCUAAUCAAGCACCCUGUUUCCCAUGGUGUCCUACCAGAUGGCUCUGGAAAAGCCCAAAGGUAAGAGAUGAAGGCAUGCCUCCUCUCCAGCUCUUGCUCCUCUGCAACUGGUAUUCAGAGGCAUCCUGGCUCAGAGGCUGGAAGCAGCCUGUAGCCAUCAAGACUAGUAGCAGCCAUUUAUAGACCUGUCCUCCGUGAGUUUUUCUAAACCCCUUUUAAAGCCAUCCAAGUGGAUGGCCAUCACCACAUCCUGUGGCAUAAAAUUCCAUAGGUUAAUUGUGUUGUAUGAAAAAGUACUCUUUGUCAUUGCUAAACCUCCUGGCAAUCAGUGUCAUGGUAUGACCUAUGGUUCUAGUGUUGUGAAAGAUGGAGAAAAGUUUAUCUCUAUCCAUUUUUUUCACACCAUGCAUAAUCCUAUAGACCUCUAUCAUGUCUCCCUGCAAUCAUAUUUUUUUUCUAAACUAAAAAGCCCCAGGUGCUGCAGCCUUGCCUUAUAGGAAAGUGCUCCAGGUCCCAGAUCAUCUUGACUGCCACCUUCUGCACCUUUGCUAACUCUAUGUCCUUUUUGAGAUAUGGUGACCAGAACUGUGCACAGUACUCCAAAUGUGGCCACAUCAUAGAUUUUUAUAAGGACAUUAUACAGUAUUGGCAGUUUAAUUUUCAGUCCCCUUCCUAUUUAUCCCUAGCAUGGAACUGGCCUUUUUCACAGCUGCUGCACAUUGAGUUGACAUUUUCAAUGAGCUGUCUCUCCACCACAACCCCAAGAUCCCUCCCCUGGUCAGUCACUGACAGCUCCGAUCCCAUCAGUGUAUAUAUGAAGCUGGGUUUUUGUUUUUUGCUCCAGUGUGCAUCACUUUACCCUUAUACCUCCUAGAUCCAAAUAAAAUUUAAAAUCAGAAAAGCAGCACAGUGAGGAAAAAAUAGCCCCCUCUGCCUGUGUCAGCACUCUCCUGCUGCAAAAAGAAAACAAGUGGGGUUUGGAGAAACGGUCGACAUUCUCUGAAAUGUCUCCUUUGGGAUACACCCUGAAAUGCAGAGAGAUAUCCCACUUUGGAGAAACUUCUCCACCACGGCACAUCCAGCUUGGUCCCAAUGAAUCCUUUUAUGUGACUAGGUACUAUAAGGCUUGCCUUUGGCCAAAUUUCUUCUCCUCUUCCUCAUAUGCAUUUAAAUUUUGGUACCAGCUGCAACUUUGGUUGUAAAGUUUAUCUUUUUGUAACUUGUUAACUGCUCUGCUGCUUGCAUCGCCUGUGGAUUUGACAAGUAAAUGGUUUCACAGAGGGCGCCAUUCAUCUGAAAGUGCCACUGGUGUGAAAUCAACCAUUACCAUGCCAGGUCAGAGCCAAUUCUCCUGCUUUCUAGGUUAGCGUCAUGGUUUUCCCCUCACUUGGCAGACUCCAUGCUGGGACUGCCAUGCCGAAUUCUUCAAGCUGCCUAAACUAUCUCAGAAGUCAGUGUGUGGUGGCUGCAUCUGUAUGCCAGUUCAGCAAAAGUGUUAAAAGCAUGCUGGGAAGCAGGUUUAGGGAUACUGGUAGGCCAUUCUCUUGAGGACAAAUGUGUUUUGCUUCUGGUUCAAUGAAGGCUCAGUGAGUGAAGAGAGAAGGGUUUUCCCCCCUCUUCCCUUUCUCAUCCUAGUACUAGAAUGCUUGAUUUGCUAAAUGGAAAAACGUAGCAAGUGCACCAAGUCUUGGGAGACUCUGGGAUGAUUUAUUAAUGGGCAAGCUCACCCACUGAGAUCUGGCUCAGGGCCAGACCACACUUGGGGGGCUAAGUGCAUAGGAACAUAGGAAGUUGCUAUAUACUGAGUCAGACCGUUGGUCCCUCUAGCUCAGUAUUGUCUCUACACAGACUGGCAGCAGCUUCUCCAAGGUUGCAGGCAGGAAUCUCUCUCAGCCCUAUCUUGGAAAUGCUGCCAGGGUGGGAACUUGGAACCUGUAGAUGCAAUUCCUAGAGCAGCCCCAUUCCUUAAGGGAAAUAUCUUAACAGUGCUCAUACAUCAAGUCUCCCAUUCAUAGGCAACCAGGAUGGAGCCUGCUUAGUAGGGAGAACAAGUCAUGCUUGUUACCACAAGACCAGCUCUAUGGGAUAGUCUCACUCUGAAUACAUGUGUGCACACACUGCCUUGAUAUUGCCACCUAGGACAAAACUCAUUCCACACACAGACAAAAAAAUAGAGAGAACGCUGCCCCUAGAGGGUGUGGAAGUGGCCCUGGACUUUGGCUCUGAAGUCCAGGGGUAAGAGUGCCUCUGGGGUGGUCUGACUCAGAAGAUGGCUUUGAAUUUUCCCAGCUAAAGGUGGCAGAAACAUAACAUCCAUCUUAUCUGGCAGAGAGAUGGCUGUUGAUUAGAAAUAGCCAAGAUCACAUAGAAAUAGCCAAAGCCAGAAAGCAUAAACUUUACCUAAAAUAACUGUUACGCCUUGAUAUUAAAUUGGAUUGUUCCUUCAAUGCAGCCAAUUUCCUGUGAAUUUCCCUUGUAGGGUAUUCAUUUUGCACAAGCUCUUCAAAAUAUAUAAAGAUAAAGUUAUACUUCUCACUCAUCUACAGAUACCAAAUUUUGCAUAAGCAAUCCUGCCUCUUAAAUUAGAUGUAUGGAUGUACUGCUUAAAAAAUAUUUUUAGAAGAAAUCCUGAAUAUAAUUACCAUAUUAACUACUGUUCUCAACAGAUUUUUAACACUCAGUUCUCGGAUCAAUAAUUCAAAAAUCACAUCAUGCCCAAGAGAAGCAGAAGAUCUUUCUUGGAGUCAAAUUUACUAAUUCAAAUGUACUAUGUAUGCUAAUUAUUUAAGAAAAUGAAUGUUUGAUUUUGAAAUUCUACCAGUUUACAACUUCUACUUCUCUUUUGCAGGCACAUUAAUAAAACACGCUAUUACAUACA